GAGGAGCUGGUGGAGGCCGCUUCCUACCUGCAGGUCACCCCAUUGCUCCGCCUGCUCCUCUCCCAGGUGAGGCUAGGCAACUGCUUCGAGCUGCACCGCCUGGCUCAGGUCUAUGGUCUCCAGGACUUGCACGAUGCCUGUCUAGACUUCAUGGCCACCCACUACCAUCAGGUGCUGCGGAGGCCCGAUGCCCGGCCACACCUCCUCCUGCCCCAUGCUCUCCAGCAGCACCUGAAGGAAAGGCGGAUGAAGGGCACUGCCACCCUCGUGGCCAUCGGGGACUUCAUGGGUGCCUCCUCUCUGGGCUGCCACCCUCAGGUGGAAGCCCCCUGGUCUAUGCUGAGGUACGAUGAGGAAGCGGAGAGGUGGCUGCCCUUGGCCAACAACCUGCCACCUGAUCUGGUGAACGUCCGGGGCUAUGGGUCCGCGAUGCUGGACAACUACCUGUUCAUUGUUGGGGGCUACAGGAUCACCAGCCAGGAAAUUUCGGCUGCCCAUUGUUACAACCCUUGUCUAAAUGAAUGGACUCAGCUGGCCUCCAUGAACCAGAAGAGGUCCAAUUUUAAGCUCUUGGCUGUGAAUGGAAAACUGUAUGCCAUUGGUGGUCAAUCCCUUUCCAACGUGGAGUGCUAUAAUCCAGAAAACGACUGGUGGAAUUUUGUAGCAUCCAUGCCCAACCCUCUUGCAGAAUUCUCAGCCUGCGAAUGCAAGGGCAAGAUCUACGUUAUCGGAGGAUACACUACACGAGAUAGAAAUAUGAACAUUUUGCAGUACUGUCCCUCUUCUGAUUCCUGGACCAACUUUGAACUUUGUGAUGUCCAUGUUCGCAAACAACAGAUGCUCUCUGUUGAAGAAACUAUAUAUCUGGUAGGGGGUUGUAUUCAUGAACUUGGACCAAACCAAAAAUCCAGCCAAAGUGAGGACGUGUUAACUGUGCAGUCUUACAACAUUGCUACUAAAGAAUGGCUCUACCUCAAAGAGAACACAUCAAAAUCGGGUCUUAAUUUGACUUGCACUCUCCACAAUGAUGGAGUCUAUAUACUGAGUAGGGAUAUUACUCUAUCUACAAGCUUGGAGCACCGUGUUUUUCUAAAGUAUAAUAUAUUUACGGACAGUUGGGAGACACUAAGACGCUUUCCAGCCUUUGGACAAAACAUGCUGAUCUGUUCUAUGUAUUUGCCUGAUGUUCAAGAAGUGUAA